UAUUUGACUUGCUUUAUUGAUAGUUUAUUGUGUUUAUUUACAAUUAGCAUUCGCUUCUAUAUAAUCAGCAGUUGUGCUUGUGAUUACAUAUGUUAUGUGUAUAUUUUCAUUCAAUAUCAUUAUUCGCUUACUUGUCUGGUAUUACCUCACUAUUCAUAGUUCCAAAGCUACUUUAUGUACAUAUAUUUAAAUAUAUAAAUAAACUAGUAAAUAGUUCUUAGUACAGAAUAUCAGCUGAUGUUAUUUACAUGUGUUAUUACAUACAUAUGUGUGUCUAAUUGAUUUCUGCCGAGUUCGUGUGCGCUUUCAUAUUAUCCGACAAACGUAAGAUUCUAAAAAUUUUAGACGCAACUGAUAGAAUGAUAGAUAGAAUAGAUGCAGCGUUACUUUUUCUUGACAUGAAAAUAAUCGGAAAUUUGUGUAGAACGCUUACUUAUUGCAUCCAAAUUAGAGCCUAUAAUAAGUAAUUGAUAAUAUACGUAUAUCAUAAUUGAGUUUCGUAAUAAUAUUAAGAGAGUAUAAAAGUAAAAAUUAACCAAUUUUUUUUUUGUACUUUUUUUCUGUUUCUGUUUUUAUGGUAUACCCUAAAACCCAGAAUGAAACCUUGAAGACGCUGUAAAAUAAAUGCAUGCAUAUAUGUAUGUAUAGAAAUGAUCAGGGUAACGUGAGUCGAUAUAGACAUGUUCGUCUGUCUGUAUAUACGCGAACUAAUCUUUCAGUUUUGAAGAACUCUUUUAUUUAACAAGAUAUCUGCACGAAAUUUGGCAUGGAUUAUUGUCCAAGUCAACGGUACAAUCUGCGAAAAAUUGGUUUAUAUCGGACCACUAUAGCAUAUACUUGUAGUUACUAAACAAAGUGAUCGCUCAAAAUCCAGUUUUUGUAUGGAAAAGUUUUUUUUGUUUGUGAAAUUAUCUUCAUGAAAUUUGGCAUACAUUAUUGUUAAAGGCAACGCUACAAUCUCCGAGUAUACGUAUCGUUAAGAUAAGAACAAAAUAGCAUAUACAAUAGUCAUACCAACUGCAAUCGAAGUAAACGUUUUUACUUGUUAUGAAUAAAAUUGCUGGUAUUUUUUCUUUUAUACAUAGGUUUGUAUCUCGUAUAUUGCUAGUAGAUACGAGCUCGCGUUUGUUUACGUCUGCUAUACAAGUAUAUACUAUGCAUGUAAAUACAUAUGUAUGUAUAUAUACAUAUAUAUUUCAUUAACUUUAUAUGCAAUUGCGUCUUUUAUGUUAAAACAUUUCUACUCAUUUGUUCGAGUGAAUUAUUAUAUUUACUCAGUACAUUUGUGUUAGCGCUUUAUACUUUUUAUUUAUUGUAUAUACAUAUCUGUAUAUAUAUACAUUUAUUUGUUUUCCUCUAUCUGCGAGUACUGUUUUGCGUUUGUUUUCAAUAUUGUUUACCACCUUUGUUGCUGUUGACGUUCCAUUACCUCCACACCAAUUUGUUUACCUGCGCAAAUAUAUGGAAGUUAGUCAUUCUGUGGUGGCUCGUCAGUCAGCCGCUGUAAUUUAUGAAAUAUUGUGAUUGUAUAUGAGACCAAUCUUGAGUCUUUAUGAUAAGCCGCCUUGGUGUUGGAGAGCGUUUCCAUUAGAGUGUCAGUCAGCAGACAACAGAUAAUUCAGUCAGUCAGUGAAUUUAUUGCGGUGCGGCUGGCUAUAUAUCGUGUAUCCGUUUUCGUUGAAAUUCGCACAAAGAGCACUCGCUGUUUUUGUGUUUACGAGUUUUUUCUAUUUACUUGUUGUUGCGUUCAGUUUCUUUGUUUGCUGCAGUUUUGCUAGCAUUUAACACUUCUUUUGUUUUUGUUGAUAAAUUCACAUUGAAAUAGUGGCAAUUGUGCGCAUUAACUAUACGCUGGUUUUAAAAAAAGUGUAGGAUCUAUAUUUAUUAAUCUUGGAUUGAGCUGAGCAGUGCCGCUACAAUGGCUGGCGUGAAGAGCCCCGACAGAAUCACCCCAUUGCCUUUCGCAAGUGGCGAGGAAUAUUUACGUUUGCUGCGCGAGGCGCAACGCGAAUCAAAUCAAUCCAGUCGUGUUGUCUCCCUAGCCAGCUCGCGACGUGAUACACCCAGGGAUAGCCCAAAAUCACCACCAAACAGUCCUAAUACCGAACUCACACCUGACGAAGAUCUCAAAAAUGUUUACAUAAAUUAUUGGAGCAAGGAGGGCGAUAGUCACAAAGACACCGAUUGGCUGGAUGAAUGGAACAGUCGACCGGAUCAACAACCACCAAAAGAUUGGAAAUUCGAACAUCCACAAAAGAAAAAGAGCGCUGGUUAUUCCAUACGUUUGACACGUGUAGGCAAGAAUUCGCUCUUUUCCAGAGAAAUCCUAUACUCGCUCAUUCUUUCAAAUGUACUAUCCUUGCUAUUGGGCGCUGGACUAGGCUUGUGGCUCAGCAAACGUGGCAUUCUCUUGACCCGAGUCGUCAUUGACUGAACUGAAUGUUAAAGAAAAGUGAUUUAUAUACAUAUUAUUCUAAUUUUAUAAUUUAAAACGGAGCGAAAUGUAAAAGCAAAAAAGGAGCGAAAACAAAAGAUAUAUUAACAACAUAUAAAUAUUUGUAAAAAAUACAAAAUUGAAGAAUUAAAAUAAAUACGAGAUGUAAUUAAAAAAUAUUAAGGAGCUAACAAACGCUGAAGAAAUUAAAAGAAAUAAACAUAUUUUCAUACCAACAAAAAAAAAAAGAAGAGUUAAAAAAACGGUGGAGAUAUUUAUAACAAAGAAUACGCGUAAUGCACAUCUGAUAUGGUAUUAAGAAGAUAAGCAAAUAAUUUUUCAUUUCUUAAAUUUUUAUUUGUGUAUUCUAAUAAAAACAAUUUUCAUACAUACAUUCACACAUACUAACGUGUACUGCACAUAUUGCAGUAUUUGUAAGUUGUGCGACUGCUAUGAUAAUCAUUGCAGAUAAUGAAAGCGAAUUACAUUUUAUAUUGCAAUGUUAUGGAAAGUAAUUUAAUUGUGAAAAUGUAAUGACUAGUAAAAUUAAUGCUGUGUGGUUUGUUUUUAACGCUUGUCAUUGGUCAGCUGAGUGGCCGGUGGAUUUGAAAAUAAGCUUACAAAAAUAUUUUACAAAUCACACAUGCGUCUUAAAUUUUUGAAUAUCAAAAGAAUACAAAAAAUAUAUACAAAUCUAUUUAAAAUGUACUAACUGAUCGAAACGUGCGACACAAGAGUGGGCUCAGGUCUUUUAUUAUUACAUAUAUUAUCCCGAAUUUUUCAAACUUAAAAUGCGAUUUAUUAUUCUUACGAAAGUGCUUUGUAUUUGAACUUUUUUACAACAUUUAUUAUUAAAUAAAUACAACUAAACUAUUUUAAUGGUUUUACGAUGAAAAUAAAACAAUGAGUGUAACAAAAAGAAUGCACUAGAAACUAGUAUGUAGCAUAUUUUAGUAGUAAAGCGGAAAAUAAAUGUAAAACAUAAAUAUUAUAUGCAUAUUUGAAACAAUUUCUUAUCUCAUAAAACGUUUUUAUUAUUAUUUUUACCACUUGUUGCUAAAGUUUAAAAUAUCGUGUCGAACCACGGAAAUGUUUUAUUUAAUAUGUUUGCGCUCGCAAUAUGUUGCUCCUUUUACUUUAUCGUUUACGCCGCAUUAUAUGUAGACUUAAUUUUUUAAUAAUUUUAAUAGUUAACGGUUCAUUAAAAAUAUUCUAUGUUUCAUAUUUA